UCCAUCCAUCCCGCAUCGGGGUGUGCCGUGCCAGUCCUUCGCCCACGUGGGGCACAACUUCUACUGCGGAUGGAGCGCAGUCACCACGCUCAGGCAACACUCACUCGUGCACUGGCAGCAGGGCCGCCCCUCCCUAUACUCCCUCACGCCGGCAGGGGUGACUGCAGCACAGAUGUGCAUGGAGCGAGCAGGGCUGCAGGCAGACUCCCUCGUGCAGCCUUCGGAUGCUCCACCGUCCUCUACCGCUCCGCCACCCUCCACCAGUGCUCUGCCAUCCGCCCCUCCACCAGCAGCUAUGCCGCCAUUCAAUCCACCCGCUCACCAG